CGAGUCUAUGGCCGAUGAUACCGGAGUUGGCUCUCCUUCACAUGUGGAAGGGAGCACUACUUCCAGAUUCACAGAGGCUUCUGCGUCUAGGCCAACUCCUACACGACCACUGCCAUCAAAAGUCCAGCAGCCAAAACCGCAGGCGCUCCCAACCAGAAGUGCCCUCUCAGCGAUCCUUGUUUCGACAAGACAAAAGGGCAAUCCAAUACUAAAUCAUAUCAAGCUUUUGCCUUGGGAAUAUGCCGAUAUCCCGGCCGACUAUGUGGUUGGAAGUACUACCUGCGCCCUCUUUCUCUCCUUGAAGUACCACCGGUUACACCCUGAAUAUAUCUAUUCUCGAAUUCGACUCCUAGCUGGGAAAUAUCUGCUUCGUAUUUUAUUAAUUAUGGUAGAUAUCCCAAACCAUGAGGAUAGCUUGAAGGAACUAUCCAAGACUUCGAUUAUCAACAAUCUUACCCUGGUUCUUUGUUGGUCCGCUCCUGAAGCUGCGCAUUAUCUAGAGUUGUUCAAGUCUUCUGAAAACGCUCAGCCGACUGCAAUACGCACUCAGCAAGCACAGUCGUAUAAGGAAUCACUUAUUGAGUUUGUCACUGCGCCCAGAAGCAUCAAUAAGUCCGAUACGGCAAGCCUCAUCUCCACCUUUGGAACUCUACAAAAUGCUAUCAACGCACAGCCAGAGCAGAUCAGCGCUGUACCUGGCUGGGGUGAAAAGAAGGUUCAACAAUGGUGUAAUGCGGUAAGAGAAGACUUUAGAGUUGAAACAUCGAGAAAAGCAGCGGCAUCUGCGAAGAACAUAACCAGUCAACGCGAAAUCGUGUCGGAGAGUCGGGCCAAUGAGACGUCAAGUCCAUUGGAUGCGCAUGAGGAGGGUGAAGAGGCAAUGCUAGCAGUAGAGGCAGAAGGCGCUCGUGCAGGGUUUCACGAAGAUCCAGAAAAAAUGGCUCAGGAGGAAGGAAUGAGUGACGGUAUAAUGGCAGCUCUAGCCGAACUAAGAAAAGCCGGUGGGUGAAUGAAAUUGCCUUCAUUACUGGGAGGAAAUAAAAGAAAGAAAAAUAAAAACCAGCACUUUACUCCACACGUUACAGUGAGUGUGCUUUGCUUGCAUUGUGUGAAUCGGCUUAAAGACAAAGCGAUCUAGAUUCA